CAAGAAGCCGCCGCCGUCUCCGCUCUGGUUUUUGUCGCUUGCACCUCGCCCCAGCAUUAGAACCUCGGCCUGCGCCCCGAUUGCGACGUUCUAGCCUUGGGAGCAAGAGGCGCAAGCCAAUGUGCGUGCAGAGGGCAGAGAGCACUAGGCCCAGAGGGGUUUCGAUUGAGCUUCCCAAUCAAUACAGGGUCUGGUGCUGGUCUUCCAGAAGCCCUCGCCGGAACACAGCCCCAGGCGCCCAGCACUGCUGACUCCAUACGCGCUUGGCCAACGUCCCGGCAAUUUGGGCCUGCCAUCCCGCACCUUACUAUGCUACUAACAUCAUGGCAGCUGCGCCGUGUGGCUCAGCAUCCUCAACUCCCCCAACCCGCUACUCUUGGCCUCCCAUACUGGCAGUGAUUACUGUUGGACAUCGCUGCGAGUGCUGCCAAUUGCCGGCAUAAACCCCACACGCGCACGAAGCUGACCUUUCGCGUUGUGGAUUCUCUCUCGGCGCUUGCGACUGCAGCUUUCGCAGCUAUCAGCUUGUCUGAUGUGGAAUCCGCGUUUGCGUGCAGCUCUUAAGCGAGGACGAGGCAAGGACCUCGGGAUGACUGCCCCGUCAGAGUCCCUUACUACCAUGAUGCCGCGGUCUUGUACGCAUCGGCGGCAAUGCAGGGGCAGAGCUAAAGCCUUCUCUUGUAGCAGCCACCGCAGCGGUAGUCGCGUAAUUCACAAUGGACUCAACGAGGCCGGCAUUGGUGUCUAUAUCUAGAGUUGGCCGCCUCUAGAGGCCUGCUUGAUUCCUUCUAUCCCAGCCACAUCCGUAGAAUCGCUUCUACCAUAGUAUCGAUAAUCCUCCUGCUUCUCAAGCUAACCCACCAUCCAAUAAUCUCACCACCCAACACAAUGAACAGGUUUCUAGUUCGCCUCACCGCCGUCGUCGGCCUUGUUGCCGUGGUUGCCGCGGCUCCUAUACGCAAAGCUCCCGAAUCUACCGAUAUUUCCAACGGAUUCCUCGCCAAACGCGAGUUCAGCUGUGCCAAGACCGUCGAGGGUCUCACCGCGUCCGACUGCAAAUACAUGUCAAAGAUGGGCAUGAAGGGCCAGGGCGUGAACGCGCGCAAGAAUCCAGGCUCGGGUAUCUGGGUCGGCGAAGACGGUCACAACACGUUCGUCUUCGAGAACGAGUCCAAGGGCAAAGUCACCGUCAUCAUUUGGAACAAGGGGACGCUGCCGGACGGCAAGCCCGACUACGAGGGCCACUGCAUGAACGUCCGCGUCCCGCAGGUGUCGUGGUCCCUGGCCAAGGGAGAGAAGGUGACUGUAUCGCUUUCCAAGGAAAAGGUCAGCGGCGGCUUCGCCGCCAUCUACGAGGGGUCGACAAAGAUCAACGGGUUCGGCCAGAUCGACCAGACCUGGGGCGAGUUCACGACGGGUGACUACGCGACCGUCGACGUGAGCCGGCUGAUCCGCAUGGACGGCGAGCCCAUGUCGAUGAGGACGAGCGUCGGGUGCGUCAGCAACAUGGAGAAGUGCGUCUUCGUGUGCAAGCAGGGCAACAUUUGCGGCAAGCCUGACACGUACAACCUUCAGAACUGUGUCAACCCCGGCGAGACCGACCCCAGAGUCAAGAACCAGCCCAACACCACGCCGCAGCAGGGUGCCAACCAUGGAUGGUUCAAUAAUCAACCAGAGGGCGGCUGCCAGGGCUGGUCCAAGACGAAAGGCGGCAAGGGCCGAGUCGUCAUCACCCUGUCCUCGAAGUAGACUAGUGGCCUCUCCCUUUCACGACAUCUUUCAAUUUCUGCUCUCUCAUUGUUAUUCCCUAUUCUUUUAUUGUUCUUACUACAUUUAUUGUUAUUAUUAUUAUUUUUUCCUAUUAUCUGUUAUGCUCAUAUGCCAACGGCGUUUAGCGUUUCUGUCAACCUGUUGAUCUAGUUGGUGUUACUGGCGGAUACCCAUGGAGAAAUCUUUGGCGCAUUGGCUUUUAUAUCUUAUUUUUAUCUCUAUACUCUAUACAGUCCGUACAUGGCAGCUAUUCCAUUGGUCUGCUUCACCCCAUGUGUGACGCGGUUGACUGUUCAUCACGCCUCGUUUCAAUUGACAGAAUUCCCAGUUUAUAUGUAUAAAUAGGUAACGACCUAGGAAAGACUCCAUAUCAUCGAAAUAAAACCG